AUGUCAAGGGAAACCUUGUGCGCUCAACAAGGACUCCUCGGUCUAAACGAAGAUGUUCUGCUCGAGAUCGUGUCGCACCUCGACGCGGCGAGCGCUAACAAUCUAUCGGCCACCGCUCGAGGCAUACACCCCAUCGCGCAAAGGCAGGCUCUAUCUAACCUGGAGAUAAAUGUCAUGGACAAUCUCCAUGGCUAUGAAAUGAUCACGGAGAUGUGUACAUACAUGCUCGAUGACAUACCUGGACGUCUACACUGCGUCAAGUCGCUGAAGAUUCGCGUUCGAAUUAUUGAAGAAUGUCACCCUUCUGGAACGGGUCCAUAUGAUAAGAUCACCAUGCCAGCUAGGCGAAAACUGGCACAAUUCCUCGAGAACGCCAUUCAACUGCAGUCGCUCAAAUUGUAUCCCUUUGGCAACCUCAUCACCCUGGAGCCACGCUUAAAGUCAGCUAUCCACGCCCUGCCUAACUUGCGCUGUUUGAACAUCUCGGAUCUCUUGGAUCUGAGCCCAUGUGUCCAGGAGUUUCUUUUGACUAUGCGUCACCAGCUGCAGAAGCUGCGAGUGGCCGAUUUGUGGACCGACAUGACAGAGUACAGGGUCCUUCCUGCCCUCAGAAACAUGAAGAUGACUGACCUUGACCUUGAUCUGUCGCAAGACUUCGCCUGUCGUCGUUCUUCGAACACCCUCAAUGGGCCUCACCAUCCGUAUUUUUUCCCCGAUGUGCGCAAGCUAUCCCUGUCGCUUCCUGAUGAAAAUAUUUCAAUGUCUACGCUGGUGCGAGCCUUUCCAAACAUUCGCGCGCUGCGCAUCCAUCGUUGCGGUUCCUUCACUUCAACAGAGGCUGCCUGCUGGGAAAGCCUAGACUCCGUUGAAGGACCUGUGGGAUUCUUCGAGCAAUGGUCACCAACUUGCCAUAUUCCACACGUCUCGAUUAGCAGCAGACUUGCGAAACCUCAUUUCGACACCCCGUCUUCCGCAACCACGCAUGAGCUCAAACCCACUCUUUGCUUAAUCAGGAAGGCGUCCCCUGUGGCGCUUACAUUGUUGAUCAUGGCUGAUCCUGGACUAACCGACUCCUUCUGGAUACCGCUGACCAAAUGCACGCCGCGCUUGCGUAGUCUUGAAAUCCACCUUUAUACUUUUCCGGAAGGAGAUGUAAUGCCACGCCUUUUCGCAUGCAAGAAUGUCAUUUCCGCUGCUCUUGGCCUUAUGCCAACCGUGAUGCACCUGCGGCUCUCGGUAGUGUACUCAUGGAGGAGGAUCGGAACUGAGAUCGAUCAAAUACAACCAGAGGAAUGGGCGUUGCAGCUCCUUGAGCAAGCCCCGUCCGUCCGUUGCGUCUCGCUGUCAUUCACUAGCUGCCGAAGAUACUUUCCUCAUGACACCAAGACUACUGCAUGGAAGGUCGUAGGUGCUCGGACGUGCCGCAAGCUCGAAAGGAUCACUGAAGCUUUGGAGGAAGAUGUCCAAAGACGUAUCAUCGCGCCUGACUUCGACCCGAGGACCAGUCUCUGA